CUUCUCUAUUGGGCAGGGGUGUGGAGCUCUGAUGCAUUGAAAAAUAACUCCUUGCGGAAUUGGGUUUGUACCAAAAAGGAGUGCCGUCACUUCAGUAUCUGCCGACUUCAGCAACGCAUUUAGUCGCUAUUUUCGCCUCUGUCCCUCAUCAAGAUGUUUCUGGCCAAAAGACUCAUUGGUGGCAUCCUGGAUGUUGUGAGCAACAUCGACCCUGGUCAAUUUGUGCCAUCCGAUCCUCCCCCACCACGCAGACCUCUGGCCUACGCGGAGCAGAAUGAGAACGACGAGGAGAGACAGUUCCGCAAGGUGUUCCAGCAACUCGCUGGGGAUGACAUGGAGGUGAGCCCCACUGAACUGAUGAACAUCCUCAACAGGAUCAUUGCAAAACGUACUGACCUGAAAACUGAUGGCUUUAGCAUCGAGUCAUGCAGGAGCAUGGUGGCUGUCAUGGACAGCGACAGCACAGGAAAGCUAGGUUUCCAUGAGUUCAAGUUUUUAUGGAACAACAUCAAGAAAUGGCAGUGCAUUUACAUAUCAAAUGACGCAGACCGCUCAGGGCUCAUCUCCUCAAACGAGCUUCCCGCUACCUUCAAAGCUGCAGGCUUCCCUCUCAACGACCAGCUCUUCCAGUUGAUGGUCCGCAGGUACAGUGAUGAACAGGGCAACAUGGACUUUGACAACUUCAUUGGGUGCCUGGUCAGACUGGACGCUAUGUGUCGAGCUUUCAAGACUCUGGACAAAGAUGAUYAUGGAARRAUCAAKGUCAACAUCCAGGAGUGGCUUCAGUUGACCAUGUACUCUUAAAACAUCAGGGAAAGCCUACAAAAAGCCUUCAUUAAUCUCUCUCAUUUAAGAUUUUUAUUUUAUAUUACCAUUGUUAUUAUUGUUUUACAGAUGUUCAUACGUCAUUGUCAUGAAUGUUCAUUCAAGUUAUCACUAGAUGGCAGCAUUGCAGAAACACCAGGAAGCACACGUUUACUUUACUACCUUUCUAUAGUCCAAAUAUUUUAAAGUUUUUUGUUUUCCUUUUUUCUGGCAACACACUUUUGGUCAAACAUUCCAUACUGCUAUGUAAUGUAAUAUAUACAUUCUAGUGCUCAAUAAAGGGGGCCAUAUUACCUAA